AUGCCGGACAAUGACGACGCCACCGGCCACGCUCGGCCCCAGCAUCAGCACCAGCACCAGCCCGAAUACACGUACACGGCGAGUGACGCCUCGCCCUCUCAGUCACCCCUCACCGGCCGCGACCCCAACUUCCUCGACGGCCUGCUGCCCCCCUACAAUCCGCCGCCGGGCUCGCCAGACCGCAUCGACUACGACAGCUUCUACGACGCCUACCGCGCCGUCACCCCGCCGCCGCCAAACUUCCUCGACAACAUCCUGAACCCUGCCGGCCUCGCCCACAACCGCUUCUCGCCCUUUGGCUAUCGCCCGACGCCGCCGUCAGUGCCGUCACCCAGCAACUUCUACGAAAUGCCGCCCACCACACGCGCAAAUCCCCAGGGCUCCCGUCCAGCCAGGCUGCCCAAUGGCUACGUCGACCUGACUUCGGACCCGGUUUCGCCGCCCCGGACACGCAAGAGGAACUCACCAGAGCCGGGGCCAUCGUCGAAGCGGCAGAAACGUGAUGACGGCACUACCUCGAGACGCGGGAGUGGGGCAAUGAAGAUGGAAGAGGUGGAUCUGACGGAAGAGGCACCCGUCCAAGACGUUCUCCAGAAGCAGCGCGAGGAUGCCGUCAAGGCCCAGACGAAGCCCGAAGAGAAGCCCACCACGUUCAACACCUUCAAUUGCGUCAUUUGCAUGGACAUGCCUACGGAUCUUACCGCGACAGCCUGUGGUCAUCUAUUCUGUCACACCUGUCUGAUGGAGGCAUUGAUCGCCGGCGAGAACCGCGCAGGCCCCGGCGAACCGAAGCGGUCCCAGUGUCCUGUCUGCCGAAAGUUCAUCAACCGCAACAAGAUCACCGAUGUCAUACCUCUGAUGCUGAAGAAAGGCCUGGCAACACAGCCGAGAAAGAAGAGAGCCACGGCAUCCCCUGCUGCGGUAGCACCCAAGGUACAUUGA